ACAUGUUCACGUAACUAUAUACUCCGUAUCUAAAGUUACACAUUAAUAAAACCGCACAAAAAACAAUUCAAAACAUUUACAAACUCUAACCAUCUAUCAAACCCCAAUUGUAAACAUCUAAUACCACUUCAUCGAACGACCCCUAACCAUAAACACAAUACCCGUAACACGUCGCGUGAAAUAUAAAACCAAUUGUUCAACUUUUCUACCCAUAGACCCAUAAUACCCCUUUACAGUAAUUUUUUUACUCUAGCUAGGUACAUUGUAAGAACAAUAAUUAGAUAAAAUAAUCCAAAUUUGUUACCAUUUGGACAAUAUUAUAUGAAUAAUACUCAAUCCUAGUGGAUAGGAACAUAAUCGGAACCAAAAAUAGAAGCAAAUCAUCCAUAAUAUCCCGGAUAACAGGGAAAUAAAUAUCCAUAAUCUCAAAAUCAACGGCUGAAAACAAACACAGAAAACAAACCCAAUAAAAAAGCAGUUCCACAAUAAGUAAAAUAGAGUCUACCACAGAGAAUAGCCUCCCAAAUUCAAAACCCCCUCUGAAAAAAAAUUUCAAAACCCCGCCGUCUCACUCUCUCACCUUCACUCUAUGAAUACCACCCUUUUCACUGCCCUCAUUUUCCACCAUCUUCUUCUUCUUCUUCAACCUCCGCCAUUUUUUCUCUCUCCUCCAAAAAGCUUGAUUGUUUCAUCAAUGGCGACUCCGAAUCCUCUGGUUCACUCCCAGCAACUCCCGUGCGACGGCGAUGGCAACUGCAUGUUGUGCAAGAAGAAGCCGUCGGAGGAGGAGAAGCUGGUGUGUAAGACCUGUGUUACGCCGUGGCAUGUUGAGUGUCUUUCUUCGCCUCCGCUUUCGAUGAGUUUGGUUGCUUCGUGGGAGUGCCCUGAUUGCGCUCCCUCGGAAGAUGCUGCUAUUGUUUCCAUUGUAUCGGCGGUUGUCGCGGGGCCUGCCGGUGAAUUGCUCUCCAAGAUUAGGGAGAUCGAGGCCGAUGCUACGCUGUCCGAAGCCGAAAAGGCGAAGAAGCGUCAGCAGCUUCUGGGUGGGGUUGGAUCCGGUGAAACUGAUGAUGGGAAGGUGAAGGAUGAUAAUGAAUUAAUGAAUAUUCUUGGCGAGAAUAUCAAGUGCUCUUUCUGUAUGCAACUCCCUGAACGUCCUGUCACUACUUCAUGCGGGCAUAACUUUUGUUUAAAAUGUUUUGAGAAAUGGUGGGGACAAGGAAAAAGGACAUGUGCAAAGUGUAGGGAAACACUUCCGGAUGUCCCACCUAGAAUCAACUCUUCUCUUGUAUUUGCUAUGAGAAUGGCAAGAAUAUCCAAGCCUGCUGCAGCUGUGGUGCCUAGAGUGUUUCAAUAUGUGCGUAAUGAUGAUCUUCCUGAUGAAGCCUUUACAACAGAAAGGGCUAAAAAGGCAGGAAAAGCAAAUGCUAAAAGUGGAAGGAUAUUUGUCACUAUCCCAAAUGAUUUUCUUGGGCCUAUUCCUCCUGAGUAUGAUCCAUCUCGAAAUAUGGGAGUGCUGGUCGGUGACUGUUGGGCAGAUCGCAUGGCAUGUAGACAAUGGGGUGCUCACUUCCCACAUGUUAGUGGUAUUGCUGGACAAGCGAAGUACGGGGCACAAUCAGUGGUUCUUUCUGGAGGAUAUCUAGAUGAUGAGGACCAUGAAUGGUUCCUCUAUACUGGAAGUGGGGGUCGUGAUUUGAGUGGAAAUAAGCGUACAAGCAAGUAUCAGACACAUGAUCAGGCAUUUACUGGUGGAAAUGAAGCGCUUAGAUUGAGUUGCAGAAAAGGAUACCCUGUUCGUGUUGUUAGAUCUUUUAAGGAGAAGCGUUCUAACUAUGCACCUGAAAUUGGGGUUCGUUAUGAUGGUAUCUACAGAAUUGAGAAGUGUUGGGCAAAUUAUGCCACAGAGGAAGUGAACAAAAAAUUGGUUAAGUCUCCGUAUUUGGUAUGCAGGUAUUUAUUUGUUAGAUGUGACAACAGCCCUGCGCCAUGGACGAGCGAUGAGCAUGGUGAUCGACCAAGACCAUUGCCUAAUGUUCCUGAGCUAAAGGGGGCUAAGCAGUUGACAGUGAGGAAGGAAAGCCCUCACUGGGACUAUGAUGCAGAUGAAGAAUGCUGGAAGUGGAAAAUGCCUGCACCAUCCAGCAAACUAAUCAAGAAGAGAACUGGAUCUGGUCGUUCAAAGAAGAGAUCCAAGGCAAACAUUUUGAAGGAGUUCAGUUGCUUAAUUUGCCGUAAGGUGUUGACUCUUCCAGUUACAACUCCAUGUGCUCAUAACUUCUGCAAAUCUUGCUUGGAUGCCACAUUUGAGGGUCAAAAGUUUGAAAGGGAGAGAAAAGCAGGAGGUCGGUCACUACGAACCCAGAAAACUGUCAUGAAAUGCCCUUCAUGCCCAAUGGACAUCUCUGAGUUUCUUCAAAAUGCUCAGGUCAAUCGGGAAUUGAUGGGAGUGAUAGAUUCAUUAAUGCUCAAGUUCAAUCAAGAAAAGGCCGACAGUGAGGAGAGCUCUGGUGCCCUUGACGAAAAUGAGAGUGAGUCUGAAGAUGCAGAUGCAGAUAUCAGCACCUCAGAUAUUGAAGAGGAUGAAAUCAAAUCAGUGGAGGAAGAACCUGACAUGGCAAUGGAGGAGCCCCAUGGUGAGAAUGUAAUUCAUGAUGGUGAAGGUGCCUGUGAGAUACCAGAUGAAGUGAAGAUUGCGCCUUCAGCUGCCAAAAAACGAGGACGCCCAAAGAAGAGUAUUGUUGCUAAUGGUGCUGCUCCCAAAACAAGAGGAAGGAAAUCUCGCAGGGUGGCUGAAGAUGGAAAUGAUUCGCCAUCCAGUCCUCUUCAUGUCCGCUCAGACAACGAGCUAGAGUAAUUCUCAGUCAAUUUGGGAUUUAGGGGAGAAAUGUGCCAUAUGACACUGCAUUAAGAACUACAGUUUCUAUAUCUGCAGCACAGUUUUGUACAGUUUAAGCCUUUUGACCUCCAGUUGCAACCCCAACUUAGCUUAGUUGCAACAUGUUUUGUACCUUAUUGUUGCGAUGCGGUUCUUAAGGGCCGAUUGGUGGGUUGCAUCUUGUUGUAGGUACAUUAUCAUUAUCCACAGCUUCUGAAUAUCUGCGCUAUGCAGAUUAGUUCAGAAGCUUAUUAGUUUAUGUCAUUCAAACUUAUGUUAUUCAAAUCAAGCUUUUCUGCCUUUUGGUUA